GAAGAGUUGCUUGAAGAAAUGCCAGUACGUCCAACGGGGAACAUAACCCAGGACUGGGAUCCAGUGGUGCUUUCAAGGCGAAAGCCCAAGAGCGCAGAUCUCAAAGAUCCCAAAGUGGUGAACAAUGCGAUAAGAUCUGGCGCGGAGAUCGAGACGGUGAAGAAGUUCGACGCCGGAUCGAACAAGAAAGGCUCUUCGGCGGCAUCACAGCCUGCAAUGAACGCGCGGAAGCUGGACGAGCAGACGGAGCCGGCGGCGCUUGAUCGUGUGUCGGCGGAUCUAAGACUAGCAAUCCAGAAGGCGCGGCUUGAUAAGAAGAUGAGCCAAGCAGAGCUAGCGAAGCAAAUCCUAAAGAGGCUCGAGACGGUUGUGCCAUGGUUAGGAAUAGUUUUAGCUGAAAGCAGAGCGAGAUGCGAGGUUGUGGAUGUUAACGGAAAACCUUAUAUAUACCGUAAUGGCAAGGCCCUUGAAGAAGAAGGCGACGACUCUUCGAAACAUUGGUUUGAUAGCCAUGAGAUGAAAAAGAUACAACACAAUUAUUAUAUUUGGUUAGCUGAUGAAUAG